UUGUGAAGAAUAAAAAACUAAAUUCUAGUAAACCAAUGCACUGACCUAAGUAAAUGAGGCAAUUUAAUUAGCCCAAUUACCUGUCGGCCGCUAGUAACCCUAUCGCGGUGAAUGACAAUUCUCAAGCCCAUCGAAAACAACUUGUUUAUCAGUUGCGCAAAAACCACCUGUAAAUCCAAGAGUUGGCAGGCGAAAACCUCCCUCGCUGAAAACCUUUCCUCCAGCCUGACCACGAAAUUCUACACCAGGCAGAAUGAGCUUUUUGGCAAAGGCAACGGCGGCCGUGGUGGCGGGCAGCCUUAGGAACCUUCCUCGCACGGAGCAGGUGCUGCGCCAUUCGUCGCACUUCGUGUACCAAGCGGACGCGAAGGCUCCGGUCGAGGGGCCGACGCAGAAGAUGAACAUGUUCCAAGCGAUUAACCAAGCGAUGGAUAUCGCACUGGAGCAGAACGAGUCGGCGCUGGUGUUCGGUGAAGACGUCGCGUUUGGCGGCGUGUUCCGGUGCUCGAUGGGACUGCAGAAGAAGUACGGCAAGGAGCGCGUCUUCAAUACGCCCCUGUGCGAGCAGGGCAUCGCCGGGUUCGCGAUCGGGGUGGCCAACACCGGGGCCAAAGCGAUCGCGGAGAUGCAGUUUGCGGACUACAUAUUUCCGGCGUUCGAUCAGAUCGUCAACGAGGCGGCCAAGUAUCGGUACCGGAGCGGCAAUCUGUACGACUGCGGUUCGCUCACGUUCCGUGCUCCGUGCGGUGCUGUUGGCCACGGUGCCUGCUACCAUUCGCAGAGUCCCGAAGCGUACUUUGCCCACACACCCGGCCUGAAGGUGGUGGUACCGCGGGGACCGAACAAGGCCAAAGGGUUGCUGUUGGCUUGCGUAAACGACAACGAUCCGUGCAUUGUGUUUGAACCGAAAACUCUGUACCGGGCUGCCGUGGAGGAAGUGCCAGUGGCAGCGUUCGAGUGCCCGAUCGGAAAGGCCGACGUCUUGCGCACCGGAACGGACGUCACGCUGAUUGGCUGGGGAACGCAAAUACACGUCCUACAGGAGGUUGCCAAUAUGGCCAAGAAGCAGAUGAACGUGAGCUGCGAGGUGAUCGAUUUAGUGUCCAUCCUUCCGUGGGACAAGGAAACCGUCUGCAAUUCGGUUAAAAAGACGGGUCGUGCUCUGAUUGCACACGAGGCACCACUGACGGGUGGGUUUGGAGCGGAACUGGCGGCGACCAUACAGCAGGAGUGCUUCCUUCAUCUCGAAUCGCCCGUCUUGCGUGUGACCGGAUGGGACACUCCGUUUCCGCACGUUUUCGAACCGUUCUACAUUCCCGACAAGCACCGAUGUCUGGCGGGUAUCCGUAAGUUGAUCGACUACUAACGUCAGCUCGAUCGCAGUGAAGACGCACACCGCGAGACGAUCAUUCCUUCACUUUAAUCUCGAUGACGUCGAAGCAGCACGCGCUGCGCCUGUGCCGCUGAUUCAGAAUCAGCAUGGUAACGGAUGCAUUUAUUCGACUUCCGAUAAGGCUUUCCGAGAGUUGCUAGGUCCACUACUUUUUGUGAGCUGUGUUAUACAAACCUCUGCCGUACGUGCCUUAGUAAAGUCCUUCAUGUUAUUGAUAUGUUACAAA